GUAUUCGACGAUAUUUUGGUUGAAACCGGAAGUUACAGUUUACAUAAUUUUCAGAUAUUCGUAUGGCAGAAGAACGAGCAACUAAUACCAUCAUCACAAAGUAAUUUAUAUUACACAAUGGGUUUAAUCCGGUUUACGAUAAAAGCUACCAUUGUCGGUGGUGUAGUAUAUUAUACCUGUCAAGAAGGUUUAUGGUCAAAAUCAACAGAUACUGCUGAAUUAUAUAAAAAAUUAUACACCAAUAUUGCUCCUUACGUUAAGCAUAACAUUCCAAAAGAUAUAAUAGUUGAGUUUAAUCGUUUGCCAAACAUUGACUGUAUGGUAAAUUGUUCAAAACAAUACUGGAACAAAGGUGUUAUGUCCUCAAUGGAAUUUAUUUCUAAUUUACCUAGCCAUAUACGCAAUGGAACAACCACUGUUUCUGAAACUGUGCAAAAAUAUAUGAAAGAACAAAGUUAAAAGGUGAUCAAUUAAAUCAUACAUAAUAUUGCUAGUAGAUUUAUUCAAAUUAUAUGGCAAAUUUAUUUUGUAUAUAUCAAUAAUUUAUCAAUAUAUAGAUUUAUUUAACUAUGUGUUCAAUGAUUACAAGAUAAAGCGCUUUUUAUAAAAGCAUAUUCAUAUAUUAUCAAUAAAGAUACAUGAAAGA